AUGGCCGAUGACAAUGUUUCAUUCACGGAUGCCGCUGAAACUGGAGCUGGAGGCGGAGCUAAGGGAGGCGGAAACUCGGCGAUGCUCGAUUUGAUGGGGGCUUUGAAUAAAGGAGAAGCUGCCUCGACUAAAGGAAAAAAGGGAAAGAAGGCGAAGAAAGGAAAGGGCGGAGGCGGCGGAAAAAAGAAGAGAAAGGCGGAUCGUUUCGAAUCGCAGAACUUUUUGUUCCGUAUUGAAGGAACCAUUUUUUUCGCUUCAAUCAUUGUCGGUUGUGUUAUACUUCUUACUUUCCUGAUCGCUGGCUUCGUGUUUUCGAUAACUACCGGUGGUGUUCUCGUCUACUACGUGCAACCGUGGUUCUCAUAA